UUGGGCGACGGUUUGAAGAGGAAAGGUGUACACGAUGAGCGCCGAUUGGAGCAAAUGGCGAAGCGGGCGAAGUCCAAGUGGGAGCGAGGAUAGUGGGGACGAUGGACAUGAAUAUUCCGACCGUCGUGUUUAUGGAGAUUCUGACCGGCAUGGAGCCUCUGCCCGGUAUGGAGAUUCUGACCGGCAUGGAGCCUCUGCCCGGUAUGGAGAUUCUGACCGGCAUGGAGCCUCUGCCCGGUAUGGAGAUUCUGACCGGCAUGGAGCCUCUGCCCGGUAUGGAGAUGCUGACAACUAUCGUGGAAAGUCUUCGGAAUAUGAGGCCAACAGCUCAGAGAAUAGCGACGACUACGACCAAGAAGGACACCAACAUCCCAGACGACAUGGUCAACCUGCGGUUUUUAACCAACAAAAAUCUUCACGACGCUCUGUCCCCCAAGAGUCAGAGGAAGAAAGUGAGGACCAAGAAACUCAGUGGCUGGUUAAUUUUCUUGCAAGAGAACCAAACUUCCAAGCAAAAAUGCUAACUGUUAUUAAACAAGGUAUACAACUGAAAUAUUUAGAUAUUAUGAUUCAGCAAAACACACACAUCUUCCAAGAAACAGAAGACUAUGUAAAAUUGAGACCUCGGAUUAAGACAUGUGUCUGGUUUUUGUCACCCCGAGGAUGUAGUUCAAGGUCAAGUUAUAGGUGCAGUGAUUUGCAUAUAUGCCCACACUACAUUUCUGGUUCUUGCAAAAAUAACAGUUGUUCCAAUGGGCAUGAUUUGAGCACUUAUCACAAUAAGCUAAUUUUACAGCCGUAUUGUUUGAGAUAUAUUGACUCAGAUCUUCUAAGAAAAAUCUUGCAAAUCUCUCUUGCUGAUGUGGAUGACGAGAAAGACGAUGAGCCUCUCAUCAUAUGUAAACAUUACAACAAGGGUAAAUGUUUUGACAAGAAAUGUAAAUAUCUUCACUUCUGCAUAUAUCAUCUGGAAAGUAGGCUUAAGUGCAUGGGUCGUACAUGCAACCUGAACCAUUCUUUUACGGACCAGUAUUGCACUGACAUUCUUGAAAGAAAAGGUAUUAGCACUAAUGAGUCUCCAAAGGACAUUUUAACUGAAAUUUUUACCCGUUUCCCUGAAUUGGAAAAAUCCAACAGGCAAACUUCAGUGAGAACCAAAUCCUCGCAUCAACGCGCAUCUCCAUCCCCCUCUCCGCCUCAGAAUCGCAGAGCACAUCGAGGACCUGCUGCUGGGAAUCAAUGGACUACUGAAGCUUCUGAGUUCGAAGGAAAUCUAGACAUAGUUGAGAUUUGUCACAGAUCAGUGAAAAAUAAGUGUCACAAUGAUUAUUGUCAGCGACUCCAUUCCGACUUACCCUUUCAUUGGCAGGUAAGCGCUGAUGGUGUUAAUUGGUUCAACCUCCAUAAAUCCCUCGUUAUCCAUUUGGAAAAAGAAUUUUCUGAUCCAUAUAUAGAGAGAACUACCCUUCCUGAACCAAAGGGCAGAGAUGUACAUAAGAAACUUCUUAAACUCCUGGGCACAAGCAAAUGCGAAGCAGACUUUGAAGACAUGGAAAUUAGUAGUCCUGGUUUAAGGACACCAUUACAGCUACGACAUAUAGCCCUAGAACGAGGGAGUAGCGAUGCAGAUAAGUUGUUCUUGUGGUAUUUCUUGGAUGAGAAUCAUAGGUGGGUGCAGUAUGGAGAAGUAGACACAACAAGGAGAGACAUUCCUGAAAAGCAGCAUAACCUCAAAAGACAUAGAACAGCAGUUUAUUCGAAGCCCUCAAAAACCGAUGUACUUCAAGAAUAAUUUGUUUACUUAUGAACUUGACUUCAUUCAAAUGGAGCAGAAGAACAAUAACACAAACGUUGUUCGGGCUGUAAGACGCCGUCCAGUACCCCCUCAGGCGUCACCAUGGUAUUCUUGGAUUGGUAAUUAUAUAGGACAAACUUAGGAGUGAGAGCGUCUUCUUCGUAGGAGAGAGAGAGAGAGAGAGAGAGAGAGAGAGAGAGAGAGAGAGAGAGAGAGAGAGAGAGAGAGA